AUGGCGACCAACGACUCCCAAGUACAACCGGUGAGCCUACCCGCUGAAAAGCAGGUCGAGGCCUACGACAGCGGCGAGCUCGGCAAACGGGAGGACCUCGCCAACACAAACAACGACACCAACGAAGACGGCUUCUCGAAAGCGCCCGAUGGCGGCCUCGAAGCGUGGCUCGUCGCGGGCGGCAGCUUCUGCAUUUUUUUCUGCUGCCUCGGCUUCUCCAACUCGUUUGGCGUUCUGGCCGACUACUACAUCCAACACCAGCUCCGCGGCGAGUCCGCUUCCAAAAUUGCCUGGAUCGGGUCCCUGUCUGCCUUUUUGCAAUUCUUCUCUGGCAUGGUCGGUGGUCCUCUGUUUGACCGCUACGGCGCAAAGGUCAUCCGCCCGGCCGCCGUCCUGUACGUCCUUUCCAUGAUGCUGCUCAGUCUUUGCAAGUCGUACUGGCAGUUUAUGCUCUGCCAAGCCGUCUUGCAGGGCAUUCUCAUGGGCCUCUUGCAGUUCCCCUCCAUGGCUGCCGUCUCGCAAUAUUUUGACGUGAACCGUGCGGCCGCUAUUGGCGUCGCCGUCUCUGGGUCUUCCAUCGGCGGCAUCGUCAUCCCCAUGGCCCUGUCCAAGAUGCUCAACGGCACCAAUGUCGGUUUCGGGUGGAGCAUCCGUGUCAUUGGCUUCCUUAUCCUGCCGUUCCUGGCCUUUGCCCUCUUCACCGUCAAGGCUAGACUCCCACCGCGGGUCAGGUCCUUCUGGAUUGCAGCAGCCUUUACAGACCCUAAGCUCGUCGUCUUGACCAUUUCCAUGUUCUUUGUAUUUAUGGGUAUGUUUCUGCCCCUUUUCUUCAUCCCGACAUAUGCCACAAUCAGAGGCAUGGAAGCUACCCUGGCUGGCUACUUGUCUGCGAUUCUCAACGCCUCGUCGACCUUUGGCCGUGUCAUCCCAGGCAUCAUGGCGGACAGGCUUGGCAAGCUCAACGUGUACGCAACCGGUGCACUAGCUACCGGCAUCGUCAUCUUCUGCAUGAACGAGGCCACAUCGAACGCAGCGUUGAUUGUAUAUUCCAUCGUCUUUGGCUUCACUUCCGGCACCAUCAUAUCUGGGGCUUCGGUUGCCUUUACUGUGUGCUGCCCAGACGUCAGAGAUGUGGGCACUUAUGCCGGCAUGGGCAUGGCCUUUGGUGCCCUCGGGGGGCUCAUCGGCCCGCCUUUGGACGGUGUCAUGAUUGACCAUUACCACAGCUUUUUCCCGGUAGCCAUGUUCAGUGGCACCGUGUGCAUAUUCGGUGGUAUUAUUGCAUUUGGGAACAAGUUUUUCUCUCCGCAGGGUCUGUGGGGGAAAGCGUAA